UAGGGCUUUACUGAAGCCUGAAGGUGCAAGAUAUUUUCCUGACCAGUUGCUGAAACUCAGUAGCUCGGAGAUGCUCGACAAUGGCGGUGAUAAUCACGACGAAUGCCUAUUUGAACGUCUCUUCCCUGGACGAACGCGGGGAUUUUAACCGGAAAUCGUUGUUUCUUCAUGCCUAUUCAAAUUAUCGGCGAGUCGUUCAUCUUAACUCGAAGAGAUCGAGGACUAAGGUAAUUCUCUGUUUGAAUAUGAACACGAAGGAGCCAUCUUCCGGAGAUGGAGUUCUCUCAAGGGAAUUUGAAUUCAAGCCCAGUUUUGAUCAGUACUUGCAAAUGAUGGAAUCGGUUAAAUCCGAACGGAGUAGAAAGAAAUUCGACAGAUUGCUCAAAGAUAAAGUUGACGAUAACGAUGGUGGUGAUAGAGUUAGUGCUGAUUCUCAGGCACACAAUGGCUCUUCUUCGAGAAACUUAGAGUUAGACAGAGAUGUAAAAAGAGUAGAAUCGGAUAGGAUAGGUGAACUUUCAGUUGCUGUGUCGAAAGAUGAGAGUCUUAGAAGAAGAAAGGUCGUAGUUGAUAAUCGUUCCUCUGAUACAUCAAAAAGGAAAGGGAGAAGCUCUAAGAACGAGGAAUUGGGUCUUGCGGUUGUGAAGAGUGAAAGCCAAAAUCAAAGAAUAGCCAGCAAGAGAAAUGAUUUUGGAGGCGGCAAGUUAACUAGAAGCAGUAGACGGGUUGCCACAAGAGAUGAUGAUAGCGAGGUUCACAUGGAAAUUCCUGCGUUUAAGUUUUCCGACGAGUCUAGUGAGGUCGUGGACAAGCCACCCGCUUCACGGAUGGAAAUGGAUGAUAGAAUCGAAAAGUUAGCAAAAGGGUUGAAUGGUGCAGACAUCAACCUGCCCGAGUGGCUGUUCUCCAAGGCGAUGAGGAGUGCAAGAAUCAGAUAUUCAGAUCACACUAUCACGAGACUGAUCCAGAUUCUAGGUAAACUUGGAAACUGGAGACGGGUUCUUCAAGUCAUCGAGUGGCUUCAGAGGCAAGAGCGCUUCAAAUCCAACAAGCUAAGAAUCGUUUAUACAACUGCGCUUUCUGUGCUUGGAAAAUCAAGGAGGCCCGUGGAAGCGCUUAAUGUAUUCCAUGCAAUGCAGCAACAAAUGUCGUCAUAUCCGGACAUGGUAGCUUAUCGUUCCAUCGCGGUCACACUUGGACAAGCUGGGCAUAUUAAGGAACUCUUUGAUGUGAUCGAUACAAUGCGAUCUCCACCUAAGAAGAAGUUCAGGACACUACUCGGAAAGUGGGAUCCACGGCUAGAACCGGAUGUUGUUGUUUACAAUGCGGUUCUGAAUGCAUGCGUGCAAAGGAAACAAUGGGAAGGAGCAUUUUGGGUUUUGCAGCAGUUAAGGCAACAAGGCCAAAAGCCUUCUGCUGCCACCUAUGGCCUUGUCAUGGAGGUGAUGUUUUCAUGUGGAAAGUACAAUUUGGUUCAUGAGUUCUUCAGGAAGAUACAGAAAUCUUCGAUACCAAAUGCCCUUGCGUAUAGAGUUCUUGUAAAUACCCUUUGGAAGGAAGGGAAAACCAAUGAGGCUGAACAGGCAGUCGAAGAGAUGGAACGUCGGGGUAUUGUCGGAUCCGCUGCUCUUUACUACGACCUCGCUCGCUGUCUCUGUAGUGCAGGAAGAUGCGAUGAAGGGCUUAAGCUGGUAAUUUUUGUAUACCUUUUGAAUCUAUAUCUAUAUCUUAUCAAGAAUCUAUGCGUUUUUCGAGAUAAACCACCAGCUCUAAUUCUCUCUGAUCCAUACUCACAGAUCAAGAAGAUAUGCCGAGUAGCGAAUAAGCCACUCGUGGUGACGUACACUGGCUUGAUCCAAGCAUGUCUCGACUCGGGAAACGUUCAGAGCGCAUCCUAUAUCUUCAACCGAAUGGAGGAGGUUUGUUCUCCGAACCUGGUUUGUUGCAACAUAAUGGUGAAAGCCUACUUACAACACGGGGUUUUCGAAGAAGCUAGAGAACUCUUCCAGAAAAUGUCGGAAGACGGACAGCGUAUAGAGACCAGAUCAGAUUACAAGUCCAGAGUAUUACCGGACACGUACACAUUCAACACGAUGCUAGAUUCUUGCGCUGAAGAACGGAAAUGGGAUGAUUUCGAGUACGUUUACACACAGAUGUUGCGUCAAGGGUACCAUUUCAACGCAAAGCGUCAUCUUCGGAUGGUUCUUGAAGCAACCAGAGCCGGAAAGGAAGAGGUGUUGGAAACGACAUGGAAUCACUUGAGGCGAGGCAAUUGGAUUCCACCGACCCCUCUGAUCAAAGAGAGAUUCUGCAAGAAACUCGAGAAGGGCGAUCUCGUUUCGGCGAUAUCUUCAGUUGCAGAUAUCGAAAACGAGGUCGGAGAGAUCGAGUUGCGUUCAUUUUCGAAGAAUGCGUGGUUGAAGCUGUUGAAAGCGAAUGAGUCCAGGUUUGGUAAAGAUUCAGUCUUGAGGUUAAUGGAGGAUGUGAAGAAGCUUGUUGCCCGGAGAAGUGAGUCUUCUGGUUCGGUUUUGGAGAGCUUGUUGAGUUCUUGUAAAGAGUUCUUGACGAACAGAACAUAACCUAAAGGGACCGUGUUUUGUCUGUAUGAAGGAGAAACUAUAUAUAUUACUAAUUAUAAUCCUAAUGGGCAUUAAAAUAUGGAUUAAUUAACA